CGAUUACAAAUAAUUAGGAAAUUAAUAUUACAAUUUUCGUGAAAUUACCCUUGGUAUUUUUGUGAAAUCAGAAUAAAAGAGUGUCAUCGAAAGUGAUUAAAAAGAUAUUACAUUUUUAAAGUAACAUUUUCGAAAAGCUACAAUUAGAAAAAUUUAAGCAAUUAAACAUUAUAGUUUUUGUGAAGCAUCGAUUACAAUUAUUUAGGAAAUUAAUAUUACAAUUUCGGUGAAAUUAGCAUUACCAUUUUUGUGAAAUUAGUAUAAAGGAGUGUCACCAGCAGUUAAUAAAAAAAUAUUUAAUUUGUAAAGUAACGUUUUCAAAAGGCAACAAAUACUAUAACAAUUACUAUUAAUUAGGAAAUUAAUAUUCCCAAUUUGCUAAAACUAGAAAUUAGUAUAAAGCAGUUGCAAAAUGAGUGAUGAAAAAUCCAAGCCCACCUCUGUGCUGCAGCACAUUGAAGCGGUGCUCUAUGUGAUCAACCAGCUGUGCAUAGGAUUCGUGACCAUCUGGGUUAGCUGGACCUGUCUGCGCAAUGACCUUUCGGGCAUUCGUCUCCAUGCCUGGCUGGUGACCUUUGGCUUCGUCUUCCUGAUGGCCGAGGGCAUGAUGUGCUUCUACGACGGCAGUUGGCUUACACUUCGAUAUUCCCGGAAAUACAAGACGUUCUUCCACGUGGCUCUCCAGAUUCUGGGCGGCGGCAUGGGCGUGGCCGGCUGCCUGGUCCAGUUAAUACGCGAUGAUUGGAGCGUUAGUGUCACAAUUCAUGCCCGGCUGGGCUUCGCCGCUUUCAUCCUCUGCCUCAUCUCACUGCUCAGCGGCCUGGCCGCCUUCCUGGCCAGAUCCCUUAGCCCCACCAUCCCGCCGCUGAUCAACAAAACCUUCCAUGUGGUCAUCAGCUUUGCCGCCUUUGUUAUCGCCAUGAUGGCCCAGUUUUAUGGGUUCACGCAAACUAGAAUUUUCAAGAGCCAAGGACAGGACUUCGUGAUUCUUAUGCAGGUCGCCACGAUGGUCCUGAUGGUCAUCACCAGCAUUGGAGCUAUGAAAUCCCUCUACCAGAAAUUCGGCAGCUUGGCAAGUUAGGAACAGCUGUCGUUAAUCCUGCAUUCUGUACAAACUCCAGAUUAUUUUAAGAUAGAAAAUGUAUUUAUUAAUGUCUUAAUAUUUGUUACCAAACAUGUGUUUCAUUACUUUAGAAGGGAAAACUAUUGUUAAAAUGCCUGCCAACAUACAAGAAUUUAUAUGGAAAAAAACCUGUUACCUUAAGAAAUUUUAAAAUAAAUGUAAAACAAAUCUA